AUGGAUUGUUGGAAUUUUCUCCGGUUUAUUCUUCUUCUUCUUAUUAUUUCCCUUCAUCUCCGUUUGUGUUCAGCUGAGAUCAAUGGAUCGGUGCUUCAACUGAAAAGAGGAACUUCUUCUGUUCCCAUUGAUCCCACUCGUGUUACUAAACUCUCAUGGAACCCUAGGGCUUUUAUUUAUAAAGGAUUUUUAUCAAGUGAGGAAUGCGAUCACCUUAUUGCUUUGGCUAAGGAUAGAUUAGAGAAAUCAAUGGUGGCAGAUGAUGAAACAGGCGAAAGCAUGGAAAGUGAAGAGAGAACCAGCUCUGGCAUGUUUCUCCGGAAAGCCCAGGAUGACGUAGUUAUUGAUAUUGAAGCCAGGAUUGCUGCAUGGACCUUCCUUCCGGAAGAAAAUGGGGAAUCCAUGCAAAUACUACACUACGAGCAUGGUCAGAAGUAUGAUCCACAUUUCGAUUAUUUUCUCGACAAGUCUAACCUAAAGCUCGGCGGUCACCGUAUCGCCACUGUACUUAUGUAUUUAUCCGAUGUCGAGAGCGGUGGGGAAACUGUGUUCCCGAAUUAUGAGGACGAAAGCUGGUCAGAUUGUGCCAAAGAUGGAUAUGCAGUGAAACCCAGAAAAGGCGAUGCUUUGCUGUUCUUCAAUCUUCAUCUCGAUGCAACGCCUGAUUCCAAGAGUUUGCAUGGAAGUUGCCCGGUGAUAAAGGGUGAGAAAUGGUCAGCAACAAAGUGGAUCCACGUCGAGUCUUUCGAUGUACUGCCCUAUCUGGGGUUCACCUCAGAUCUUACAUAAAAUCUAAACAAACGAAAGCAUUGUUCACGUAUACAUACUGUUCACCUUGGAGAUCUGAAUAUAUCUAUACAGAAGGAAUAAAAGGAUACAAACUGAUCGUAAAAAAGGCACGAUACA